GCGUGCUUGGCGUACGGGGAACCGGCGAAAAUUCAAUUCACCGCGUGCGAACGAGCGUGCGGAUUGCGUCGCACUAUGUUCAAUUACUGGGUCAUAAUUGUAGGGGAUUAUGUCGGAGCAAAGUGCGGAUUCUCCGAACUGCACCGCGAAUCAGGAAGAGGAAGAGGAAGAAGAGAUGAUCUUGCAAGAAUCUGAGGCUAAUCCUGUAGAUAUUCUAGAAUGUUUGUCAGUUAUGAUCAACGAUAGCACUGGAAAGGACACUAGCCAGGUGCAGGAGCUUAUAUUGGACGACCAGUUGCUUGGUACAAUGGUGACUACAAUUACAUUGCCUGAUGGAACUCAAGCUUUUGUUACGAAUAAUCUUGGUGACAUUGAUCCAGAUUUCAAGACACAAACACUGCAAACACUUGAAAAUGGAGAUACUAUUUUGCUAAGAGAUUUGUCGGAAUUUGGCGAUGGAAAAGCUCUCCAACUGGAAUUAGACCCAGCUACAUUUGUACAAGCUGAAGACACUGCCACUGAAAAUGUAGAAAAUACAUAUUCACAAGUAGAAUUUAUCAAUGGCACUGCGUAUAUGGUGGCUGGCCAUGUGGAUGUAGAUGAAAAUUUAUGGGAAAUUGAAGACGGAAAGUUAAAGAAAAAAGAUCCCAAGAUUUUAAUCAACAAAAUAUCCGAUGUAAAAGUUAGGUAUCCUUGUCCUAGGGAAGGAUGUUCAAAGGUUUACAGCACACCCCAUCAUCUUAAGGUCCACGAACGUUCGCAUACUGGUCAGAGACCAUACAGAUGUACUCAUCCAAAGUGCAAAAAGAGCUUUUCAACCGGCUACAGUCUGAAAGCGCAUUUACGGACGCAUACGGGCGAGAAACCGUACAAAUGCACGAAUGGAACGUGUAACAAAAGCUUCAAAACGUCGGGUGAUUUGUUAAAACACGUGAGAACUCACACGGGAGAACGUCCCUUCGUAUGUCCAUUUAAUGGUUGUGGCCGAUCGUUUACUACAAGUAAUAUUAGGAAGGUUCAUGUAAGGACGCACACUGGCGAGCGACCGUAUAAAUGUACGCAACCGACAUGUGGUAAAGCGUUUGCUAGUGCGACAAACUACAAGAAUCACAUACGCAUACAUUCAGGUGAAAAGCCCUACGUUUGUUCCAUAGAAAACUGUGGUAGAAGGUUUACCGAAUAUUCUAGUCUAUAUAAACAUCAUCUUGUACAUACACCACAACGACCAUUUGAAUGCACACUAUGCUCCAGGAAAUAUCGUCAGAGUAGCACAUUGGUGAUGCACAAGAGAACAGUUCAUGCCUUGGUCGACAGUGACGAUGGUGCCGAUACAUUUUUGCAAGACUCUCUUGAAUCCUCUAGUCAAAAUAAAAACAAAAAGAAGACCGUAAAAGAAAACCAUAAGCUGCUAGCAAAAGACAAACAGAUCCAGAUUUCUAAAAUAAUCAAUGACGCGAACGAGAAAGAACCACAAAUUUUGUUGGUAGGCGAUCCUUCGCAAAUCGCUGCAUUACAGAAGAUUGAUUUGGACGAAAGUUUUGAUGAUCCUGGCAUUGAUACGACAUUCGAAGGAUUAAAUAUAAAAAUCGAAGAUAUAGAAUUUGGAUGGAACUAAUGCACGGAGAAAGGAAUGCGAUUUGCAUGUGAGAAAAGUCUUAAGCAUUAAAUAUUAAUCUUGUUAACAUUCAUUCAUAGAUGUGCUAAUAUCAGAGCGAAAUCAAAUAAGUAAAUGGAAAUUAAAAAUAGUGUCAAACGAUGUUUGACCACAUAAUGAUGCGGUAACACGAUACGAGCUGAGAUUUAAGUUUCUUAUCAGUUUCAUAAAUUCAUCAGAUAUAUAUAGUAUUAGAAAUAUACAGUAACACACAUCAAUGAUUUUUUAUAAUAAUGAAUAAUGAUUGAUAUACGAUUUAUAUGAUCAUUGACGUAAAGUGAUAAUUAAUUUAACGUGAUGGAUUAAAUAUCUAAUGCAAAUAUGUAUGCUAAGAUAUACUGAAAAGGAUUUUAAGAAAAUGUGUAGUAUUUCUCGCGCCGAAUCUAGUGAUCUCCGAUCAAAUGAGUGGAGUCAUACUGUAAACGUAAACGUGUAAGGUAAGAUUUAUUUCAAAAAUAUAUACAGGAGAGAUCAAUAUUUACACAAUAUGUGAUUACGUUCUUGAACUAAAGGCAGUGCCUUACCUGAAAGUGUGAGUGUAAAAGAAAAUAUAUGUACUAUAUCAUAUUUUGUCCAUCUAUAGUUAUCGAGUGUGUAUGUAAUAUUUUUAUGUAACAAUUU